CCGAUAAGGCCUCUAUCGGCAGUCAUCGAUGAUAACUGAAUCGCAACGCUGGACAGUGACUCGGUCCGAUGCCAUUCGGUUGUCCAGUUGGCCGCGGCGGUUUGAGAAGACAUGUAUCUUCCGAGCGAAUUCGGAUGGAAGUUGAAACGCGUUUGACGGGACUUUGUCUAGUGUUGAUACUGAUCGGAAGUGUGACUACGCAGUGCGACGAUGAGGCCGAAGAUUCGGUUAAAGGCAAAUGUGAGUUCGCUCCGAUGGCUGACAAUGGCUACGAGAACUUCCUGCCGACGGAACCGGAAGGCAGCUAUAAUAUACGCUUGAACAAUACACGUCAUACGCCUACGUCAGAUGAGGAAUGUAUGCUUGGAGUGGCCUACAACUAUAUGCCGUGGAUGUUUCCAAAUGGAACACUUACGGUCAGAAACCAAUCAAUGGCCCUUGAUUUAUCGAACCUGAGGCUAUCCGAUGACGGCAUGUCGUCCCUCGUCAGAAACUUGAACCUGUUGUCAUCACUGAAUAAUACAAUCUACCUCUCAAUGGCGUACAAUCGGAUGAGUUUCCUACCUGUUGAUAGCCUAGUCAAAUUUCGCUACGUAGAGUACUUGUCUUUGAUGAAAAACCCCUUCCUUAUAUUCUCACCAGAUCUAAAGGUUCGUCCUAAAAUGCCACAUCUGCUGUCGUUGAUAGCAUUGGACAUGAGAUACUGCCGGCUGCAGUCUUUGCCACCGGAUUUUUUCCACAACCUACCUAAACUGGAAUAUCUGUUCCUAUCGCAUAACUUCAUCAGCAAACUUCCGGCCCCGUUAUUCUACUCUUUGGGGCGACUGGUUCAUCUGGAUUUGUCACAUAUGGAUAGUCACUCCCUCCGGGAUGAUGAAGCACGUAUGGAUAAUCCAUUCAUGAGACUGAUCGAAGGCAUGGACAUGGAUCCAAACAUUUUUCAACCGCUGCAGAAAUUGCGAUUUCUAGACUUAUCGUUUACUAAACUGGACCUGAAGGCGUUCAUGUCGAUGAGCUCCUUGGGGGGAAAGUUGGAGUACGUUAGCUACUGCUAUACAGACCUUCCGGCGUUGAUGGACUACCUGUUUCUGAUGGAAAGUAUCAAGAUGCUUGACUUGUCGGGCAAUGUAGGUUGCGCAAGAGCAUUGAAUGCUGGAAGUUUUCAGCUAUUGCGAGAUACCCUGGAAGUUUUGUUCUUCAAAAAUGCUAGCAUUCAACAGCUAGAUUGGAUAACCGGUAUGGAUAAGCUUCGAGUGUUGAACUUGCGCGGAAAUUUUCUAGCGUCAUUUGAAGGGGCGCCUAUGCGGGAUUUAGUGAGCUUAGAAGUUCUAGAUGUAAGUCGAAAUUUCAUUCAGUCGUGGCAACAUCGAAUAUUCCAGUUUAAUAAUAAUCUGAAACUACUAAAUGUGAGAAGCAAUAACCUUCUGUUGAUUCCUAGUAGCAUGUUGAGAGAUUUCGAAAUCUUAAGCUAUUUGGCUCUUGGUGGUAAUCAAUUGCAGUGUUCAUGUAAUUAUGUAUUACUAUUGAAUAUGGUGUUUGGAAAUAACUCAGAAGAAAUCAAAAAAGAUAACAGUACAUCGCAAGUUACUACCCAACAGCCCAUUUAUACGGUUGGUCAUUUAAACUUGUACGACUACAAUGAGGAAGAAUACCUUUGCAUGAAUUUUACCAGCAAGAAGAAAGUGAAUACUAUAAGGCUCCCCGUUUGCGGAAGAGAAGACGAAGGAUCUUAUUCGAAUGUGAGUGAAGAAAUGCCAGAGUCGAUAGAAGAUCUAAUAGAAGAUUACCUUGUGAUAUACAUAGUUUCUUGUGUGGUAUCUGUGAUCUUGCUGGGACUUGCCGUGCUGAUCUAUUGGUACUGGUUCUACAUCAAGUACUUCUUUGUGCUGCUGAAAAAUUCGGCGAUUCUGAGUUUCUACAACGACGAUAAAGUGUAUCUGGACAAAAGUUGUUUGGAUGACGAAGCGAAGUAUCAGUAUGACGUAUUUGUAAGCUACAGCGAUAACGACAGAGCUUGGGUAUUAGACGAAAUGUUGCCCAGCUUGGAGCAGGAAGAUCUGAUUUCGGUAUGCCUGCAUGAAAGAGACUUUGAGGUCGGAUAUGGAAUACUGGAAAACAUAAUCUCCUGUAUGGAUCGUUCGCGGUGCCUAAUGCUUAUUGUAUCGGAAUCGUUUCUGCUCAGUCGAUGGUGCCAGUUCGAAAUGCACCUGGCUCAACAUAGACUAUUAGAGACGCGGCGCGACGAGUUGAUUUUGGUCCUACUCGAAGACAUCCCCAAGCGCAAGUGCCCGAAGACACUCAGCUACCUGAUGAAGACGAAGACCUACAUCAAGUGGCCACGGCAGCAAACGCGUGACCGCGAGCUUUUCUGGAAGCGUUUGCGCAAAGCUCUUAUGUCGACUAAGCGAUAAGUUCAUCGAUGGCGUUGGAAGCUUUUCGUUCGUGCAAUAUCGAAUUGAGAAAACAACUGAUGAUAAUCUACUUGUAGGAGCAUUUUAAUGAAUAUCUUCAGCUUCAUCGAUUGAGUGGAAAUUGUAUUUUAUUACGUUGCGAGUGAAUAUGGGGAGCAUUUAUUAAUCUUGUAGUGAAUAAUACUGUGAACAAUAAAUUGAUACAUGUUGCA